AUGUUUGACGAGUACAACACAAGAACACUCUACGUUGGAAACCUUAGCGAACGUGUCACCGAAGAUUUUUUGCUUGCCUUAUUUGGACAGAUAGGACCAUGCAAAUGCUGUAAAAUCAUCCACGAACCUGGCAACGACCCCUAUGCUUUCGUUGAGUUUAUAGAUGGCAGCUCGGCGGCAGCAGCUUUGGCCGCCCUGAACAAGAGGAUGGUGCUAGGCAAG